CACAAAAUAUUGUAAUCAUUUCUUGUGUGUUUUGUAAAUUAACUAGCAUAUAAGUUUAUAUUUUGUAUUACGGACUGAAAGUAAAACAUGAUUGUGCCUACUUAAUUUGUUAACUAUACUGCUUAAAGAGUCGCAAUAGUUAGCAUAUAUGCUACGUGACUAAAAGAAUAAGAAGGCAUUAUAAAGUAAAUAAUCUUUAAUGGAUAACUCACAACCCAAGAAUGUACCAGAAGAGAAAAGAAGUCCUUUUGAUGAUCUAAGUAGAGAAGAACUUAUAUCAAAAUGCAAGGGGCUCCUCAUUUUAGCCCAAAAAGCCAAGCAAGCUAAGUCAGGUGUGCUAUUAUUACUACAGUGGACUCUCAGUAAUAUGACAGAUGCUUUGCAAGAUUAUCAGAAUGAGCUUGAUAAACAGAAAAGUCAGUUAGAAAUAGCUGAAAAUGAAAAAGUUGCCUUUCAAAAUAAUAUUAAAACAUUGCAAGAGCUUGUGGAUUCACUUACAGAACAAAAACUGACAUACAUAACUGAGUUGGACUCAGCUGAAAAUAAAACAAAAGUGUUUAAAGAAAAAAUCAUUAAAUUGGAAGAAGAAGUUUCAAAUUUGAAAAAGGCUUCUGACAAACGGGAAGAAAUAUUUGUUUCCACUACACAAAAGGUCUCAGAUCAGGAUAAUGAAAUCAUAUCAUUAAAAAGACAAAAAAACAGAUUAAUUGAAGAGAAUGAACAACUCAUAAACCAAUUGACAGAGCUUGAACUGAGAGCAGCUGAGUUCAAUGAUAUUGGACUGAAGCAACGCGAACAAUUGGAAUUGCUGGAACAGAAAAUACCAAAUGAAAAUAUUUGCAAAGACAAUAUUGAUAAGGCGUAUAGUAAAGUCAAAGAACUUGAAAAUAAUUUAGAAGAAGCAACAAAAAAAAUCAUCAAUUAUGAGCAGAAUUAUAAUGAUAAUAUUACAAAAAUUGAUGAACUUAAACACCUUUAUGAAAAUGAAAAAUCUAAAAAAGAGAAAACGAAUGCAAAAUUGCGAAUUUAUAAAGAAAAAAUAUUGAAAUGUGCUGCAUGUAUAAACCAACUAAAAAAUUCAAGGCUUAUACUAACUAAUACAAUUAAGGAUUAUUCUGAAAUUAUACCUAAAUGGCAGACUGAGAUUAUUAAAGCUUCUAAAAUAUUUGAUAAUCAAAUGAAAGAAUUAAAUGAGGAAAAUGUAUCAUUAAAAAGUAAAAUUUCUACACUCGAGAAUGAAUUGCAUCAAAUUCAGUUAGAAAGCAAAGAUAUUCAAAGCAGUCGGUGUAACAUAUUGGAAAGAGAUAUUGCAAAUUUACAAACAAAGCUUGCAGAUUCAGAAUCCCAUGUAUCAAAGUUGACAAGUGACAUUUCUGAACUUAAUGGUGCUUAUGCAAAUCUAAGAGAUGUAACAUUGAUUGGAAAAACCCAAGAAAUACAUGCUUUGGAACAGGAUUUAAAUAUUAAAAUUGUAGAGAUCAACCAUUUAUCAAAAGAAAUUCUUGACUUAAAGACAUCUAUACAACAAUUAAAAAAUGAAAAUGAUAGAUUAAACCAAGAAAAGGCAAAUGAUGCGAAAUUGAAGUUACAAAUUAACUGUUUAGAAAAUGAAAAAGACAUGUUAUUGAAAGAAAAAUUACUUUGUAAAGAAAAUAUUCUUGAAUUAGAAAAUAAAAAUAGAAUCAUAUCCGAGCAGAGUGAAGCCAAGAUAGAGUCUUUAAAACUUGAGUUAGAUAAUUUAAUCCAGGAAAAUUCAGAACUUAAAAAGGAAUCGAAAGAAAAAGAUGAUGUAAAAGAGCUUCAAAAUGAAAUUUCUUUAUUACAAAAAGAAAAUGAAAAGUUACUAAUUGUAAAUGGAAUAUUGAAGGAGGAAGUUGAAACACUUAAAAUGUCUUUAGAACAACCAAAAGAUGAAUCUGAAAAUACUUAUUGCUUAAAUGAAUCUUUACAAGCUGAUAUUAUACAAUUAGAGACAAAGCUAACAGCAUAUAAACAAGAGAAUGCUUCUCUGUUGGCUGAGUUAAAAGAAUCACAUACUAAAUUAAUGGAAUAUGAUAACAUAGUAUCUGAAUAUGAAGACGCUAAGUCAAAAUUGCAAGGUUACAGAACAGAAAACAAUGAGCUUUUGAGUGAGAUGAAAGAAAUAAAUCAAGUCAUAAAAGAAAGGGGUGAAGCUAUAUCUAAGUUAGAAAAAGCGGUAAGUGAGAUGGAAAAUCUCAUUGAAACUUUAGAGAAAGAUAGAAGUAUAGUGAAAGACGAAAAUGAAAAAUUAUUGAAGAAGGUGACAUUACUAGAAACAAAUAUCAAAACUGCUGAAAUGAAUCAAAAUAAAAACAAUGAUGACAAUGAAAAAGUUGUAAAAGAGAGAGACAAUUUAGUGAAAACAUUAAGAGAGAAAGAAUUACUAAUAGCCAGUCUCAGAGAAGAUUUGGAAAAGUUAAGGCAAAGCACUUCUAAUGUAAUGGAACUCCCAAAUGAUGAUAUGUCUACGUCAACAAUUUCUAGAGCGGAGGAACAUUCUCGAAUGAGAGAUUUGGAUGAAACGUUUGAGGACAAGUACUCAAAACUACGAUUAUUUGCUGUGAAGUUAAAGAAAAAAUUAACUGAAGCAACUACUCAGUUGCAAAAUGUAGAGCAAGAAAAUAAUAAACUUAAAAAACUUCUUGAUGACAGCUUAACAGAAAAAUCAGCUAAAGAUGAGGUGGACAGCUUUAAUAAGAAAGAAAAAGAAAAAGAUAUAGAUAUAAAAAAACUUGAAAAUGAACUUAGAAAUGUAACGGAUAAUCUUGAAAAGCUUCAGGCUGAACUUGCUGCCAAAAAUCAGGAGCUGGCGACAGAAAUAAAUUCAAAUAAAUCUACAAAAGAGCAGCUGGAGAAAGCUUUGCGUGAUGUUAAGAAGAAGAACGUGCUUAGCUUGGAAAUGGAAGAUUAUGAAAGAUCAAUGAAGGAAUUGACAUCUAAAAUGGAAGAAAAUAAAAAGAAAAUUAUACAGAUGGAAUCAACUAUUGACACUCAAGAGAGCACAAUUACAACAAUGAAAACUCAAAUCAAGCUACUAGAAGAGCAAAUAAAAACAGAAGAGACACAGAAUAGGUUGUUAAAGGAGGAACUGCAUAAUGCUAUUCAAGAUAGCAAAGAAAAAGACAGUGUAAUUAAUGCAAAAAAGGAUAUUAUUUCAAAACUAAUGUUAGAUCUUGAAGAUGAAAAGCGAAAGAACGAGGAAGCAGAUGUAGAAAUGACUACAUUACUCGGUGAGAAAGAAAAGAUUAUUAUGAAAUUUGGUGAGGAAAAAAUUGAAUUGAAUAAUAAAAUUAAGAAGGCAGAGUACAAAUGUGCGGACCUUGAGGAAAAAAUGAGGGUGAUGAAUAUGGAAUUAGCUGAUUUACAGACUGAAUAUACAAGCUAUAAGGUGAGGGCCCAGGCUGUCUUGAGACAAAAUCAAACAUUCGACCACAGUCAAGAAGAACAAUUGAAGGAAGAAUCAGCUGCCCUCAAAGUGCAGAUUGAAAGCCUGAGUCAAAAAUUCAACUCUGUGCAAGAGAAAUACACGGAGCAAACCGCAGAGUUGGAAGCGACCCGAAAACGUGCCGCCGAAGCGAGUGCCGAAGCGAGCCGAGCGCAACAACGAACGAACCGACUGCAAGCGGAUCUAACUCGGCUGUCGCAACAACUGGAGUCGGAGAGAACACAGCAUAAAUUACAAGUUUCCACGCUAACACAAUGCUACAAGUCACAAAUUAACGAUUUAGAGAUGAAACUUCAGAAGGAAACAGAGGCACUUCACAAACGGAUCGCUGUGUUACAAGAGAGUGCAGCGAACGUUUCCGUACAGGAGCUGAUUCGAGACAAAUACAUGUUGCCCGUGAUACCGAAAGAUGACGCCAGUGACGGUGACUUGGAAAUCAAUGUGUCUAUGAUCCCGAGGGAGGAUGCAGAGGGCUCGGAGUCAGCCCCGUCACCGCCGCUGUCUAAGUCCUUCUUAUCCGGUGCCAGUCGCCGGUCGCCUGUUCCUCUGGAGAGGCUCCUGGAAGAGGGAGUACCCGAAGACGACUCGCUCGACACCUCCUCUCUCGCUCUCACUUCCGACCAGGAGAUCGCGGAGUUAAAGCGGAAACUACUAGCACAGCAGCAACGUGUGAAGCACGUGACCGUCCUGCUGUCAGAGUCUGAGCGGGAGUGCGCACGGAUGGCUCAGUUGAGCGAGCUACUCAAGGCAGAGUUGCGGAGGGUGCGGGGUUCAUCGCAGACCGCACACAACACUGAGUACAUGAAAAACGUAACUCUCAAGUUCUUGACGUUACCGCCGGGUGAUGAGAGAAGUCGCCUAGUUCCAGUUUUGCAGAAAAUUCUCUCUCUAUCCUCUGAAGAGACGCAGAAAAUUAACUCACUUGCAAAAGGUUUGGAUCCAAAUCCCAGCAAAGGUUGGGGAAGCUACUUGCCGUGGCCAGGUGGAAAAUAAAUUUUUAUUUAAUAAGUUUUACUUCACAAAACCAGUUGUGGGGUCAAAGUCAACGGGCGCCUUCACAAACUUGCUUUCUUAUGGUGCGUACAGAUUGGUGAAAUGUAUUAUGCAAUGAACGAAUUCGCCGUACACAUCGCUGUAAUGUAUCAUGAAAGUUAACAUCUAUCACAUUGUAACAAUUUCUCAUAGUUUGGACGCGCACGCUACGAGCAUUACAAACCGCGCGCGGAGCGACCCGUGAGUGGUCGGUUUUCCGAACGCACAAUAGGGCGCGUACGCGGCUGUAUGGCGGAAACAUGUACGAUGGACAGUGGCGGAUUAACCCUUAAUCAAAUUAAGCAAUUGCCUAGGGUAUCACAUCUAAGGGGGCACUGGAAGAAGCACAAAAAAAAUCCGUCCUUAGGGCAUCACGUCUGACUCUCACGUCACCAAAAACCACACCAAAAAUAACAGAAAUUCAACAGUUUCAUUUAUAUUAAUCAAAUAAAUUAUGUUUUGGUUUUUAUUGUUGUCGCACCUACUCCACUUCUAAAGUACGUUACAUCUCAUCUUACUUUACAAAAAGCCAAUGUUUUUAGAUGGUAAACGUUUAAACGAUUCUAGUUGACAUACGGAUUGUGGGGCCCACAGGCAUGGAUUCCUUAGGGCAUCAAGUAGUCUUAAUCCGUCUCUAACGAUGGAGGUUCGUAGUGAUUGUGUUGUAUGAGAGUGGUAUGUUGUUGCAGCGAACAUGCAAUGAAAGAUAGAAUGAUACAUUUCAUAUUACGUUUCACCAGUGUGUACGCACCUUUAGUAUGAUUAUUAUGUAAACGUUUUAAAUAGUAAUGUAUCUGUGAUGUAAUGCGGUUAUUGGGUAGAAAUUAAUUAUUAGCUAUUGUUAAAAUGUCAUUCCGGCAAUCUUGUAAUUACUAAUGAUUGUUAAUUGCAUUUUAUUCAUUCAUUGCAUCCAUUUGUUUAUUGCGAAAUUUUAAUUAUACUGAGAAACAAUUUUACGAUAUAAUUAUUUUUUGAUGAGUACUUAAUGUCUAUUGAUUAUGUAAUAAUAUUUUUUUAAGAAGACAAUAAUAGAAUAACCGGCAUCGAAACUGGUUCAUGUAUUUUUUUUUAAAUAUAAAUCUAUACUCUCAGCCCUAUUAACGAAAAAAGAUAUUUUGAAAAAUAUAUGUUGUAAAAUUACUUUAAUUAUUUUACUUUACAAUUUAUAUUUAGAUUAGGGAUGCUAAUGCAAGUCCCGGAAGCUUUAUCCCAGCAAAAAUAACAAAUAAAAUGGAAAUUAUAAUAUGUAUA